GUCAUCUAAAGAGGGAGGACUAUUAAAAAGCGGAAUAGUGCCAACUGCCACCGAAGUCUUAGCAAAGUCUUCUUCUCUCCACUAUAAAUAAGCCUUCAAAGUCCAAACUCUCCAUGCAUUCAUUCAUUCAUAUCUUCCUCAACUCCCAACACCAUUAAAUUAGGAUCGAUCCAGCAUCAUCUUUUCAUCACACUUUUCCAUGUGAUAACACUUUCUCAACAAUAAAAACUAAACCUCUUUCUCUAUUCUAUCUCUCACUCACCAACCAUGGUGAACAUAACUUCCAUCAAAACUUCCUCUAAUGGUGUCUGGCAAGGUGAUAAUCCCCUCGAUUUCGCUUUCCCUCUCCUCAUUGUUCAAACCGUCUUAGUCCUCGUCGUUAGCCGCUCCCUCGCCUUCCUCUUUAAACCUCUCCGUCAACCUAAAGUCAUCGCCGAGAUCGUCGGUGGAAUUCUGUUAGGUCCAUCGGCGUUGGGAAGGAGUAAAGGCUAUUUGCACCGCAUUUUCCCGUCAUGGAGUUUACCAACGCUCGAAUCCGUCGCAAGCAUAGGUCUAUUAUUCUUCCUCUUUCUCGUUGGUCUCGAGUUAGAUCUAAACUCAAUUCGUCGUAGCGGUAAAAGAGCAUUCAGUAUAGCAGCAUGCGGAAUCUCUCUUCCGUUUGUCUGCGGUAUCGGCGUCGCCAUUGUCCUCCGUAAAACCGUCGACGGAGCAGAUAAAGCUGGAUUCGGUCAAUUCAUCGUUUUCAUGGGAGUAGCACUAUCAAUAACUGCAUUUCCUGUCUUAGCACGAAUCCUCGCUGAACUCAAACUUCUCACAACGCGCGUCGGUGAAACCGCCAUGGCAGCCGCUGCAUUCAACGAUUUAGCCGCGUGGAUUUUACUCGCUUUAGCAAUCGCGUUAGCUGGUAGUGGAGCUGACGGCGGAGACAAAAAAAGCCCUCUCGUCUCGGUUUGGGUACUUCUCUCCGGUGUCGGUUUCGUUGCUUUUAUGAUGAUUGUUAUAAGUCCUGUAAUGAAGCGCGUGGCGCAAAGAUGCUCUGUUGAGAAUGAAGCAGUUGACGAAGUUUAUAUCUGUUUAACACUCGCGGGUGUAAUGGUUUCAGGAUUCAUAACUGAUUUUAUAGGGAUUCACGCGAUUUUCGGCGCGUUUGUUUUUGGAUUAACGAUUCCAAAAACGGGGAAUUUUGCGGAGAGGUUGAUAGAGAGAAUAGAGGAUUUUGUUUUGGGUUUGUUGCUUCCACUUUAUUUUGCAUCGAGUGGGUUGAAAACUGAUGUGACUAAGAUUAGUGGAGGAAAAGCUUGGGGGUUGUUGGUUCUGGUGAUUUCUACAGCUUGUGCUGGGAAGAUUCUGGGAACUUUUGUUGUAGCUAUGUUGUGCAGGAUGCCAGUUAGAGAGGCGAUUACACUUGGAGUGCUGAUGAACACCAAAGGACUUGUUGAACUCAUUGUUCUCAAUAUUGGAAAAGAGAAAAAGGUUUUGAAUGAUGAAGUAUUUGCGAUCUUGGUACUUAUGGCUCUAUUCACCACCUUCAUCACAACUCCACUAGUGAUGGCAAUCUACAAACCAGCUCGUGGCAUCGCAACCAAGACAAUUCGCAAGCUAGGUGACAUGUCCUCCUCCCACUCUAAGGACAAGAAGGUGGUGGAUACUCUUCGAGUCCUAGCUUGCAUACACGGUCCAACCAACAUUCCCGCUAUCAUCAACCUCAUUGAAUCAACACGUAGCACCAAAAGUUCAAUCCUCAAACUCUUCAUAAUGCACCUUGUUGAGCUCACAGAACGUUCAUCCUCCAUCAUCAUGGUUCAACGUGCUCGCAAAAACGGUUUUCCAUUCUUCAAUCGGUUCAACCGUGAUGAAUGGUAUAACCGUCUUGCGGGUGCUUUUCAGGCAUACAGUCAAUUGGGCCGAGUCAUAGUCCGGUCCACUACAGCAAUCUCUUCUCUUUCCACAAUGCACGAGGAUAUAUGCCACGUGGCGGAGGAAAAGAGAGUGACAAUGAUUAUAUUACCCUUCCAUAAACAUUGGAAGAUGGAAGUAGAUGAUGAAAAUGACAAUGAGUCCCAUGAGGUGUUGGAGAAUGCUGGACAUGGGUGGAGAGGUGUGAACCAAAGGGUACUAAAAAAUGCACCUUGCUCUGUGGGUGUGCUUGUCGAUAGAGGAUAUGGGCUUGGACCGAAGAAUUUGGGCUCAGAUGGUACGUUGGCCCAAAGAAUAUGCAUUGUGUUUUUUGGCGGGCCUGAUGAUCGUGAGGUUCUAGAGUUGGGGAAGAAAAUGGUCCAACACCCUGCAGUGGCAUUGACUGUUGUAAGGUUUGUUGAGGAAAAUGGAUUGAGUGGUAAUAACUUUGUUUUACGCCAAUCACCUGGCAAAAGUGCUGAUGAAAACUAUAGCUUCUCUAUUGCCAAAAUGAACCGACAAAAAGAACAGGAGUUGGAUGAAAACGCAAUGGAGAUGUUUCGAAGCAAGUGUGGUGAAACAGUGAAGUACAUUGAAAAGGGUAGCGGAAAUGUUGUGGAGGAGGUGAUAGCGUUAGGCGAAAGUGCGAAUUAUGAUCUCAUAGUAGUUGGGAAGGGUCGGUUUCCGUCCACUAUGGUGGCGGAAUUAGCAGAGAGGGAAGCAGAGCAUGCAGAGUUAGGUCCUAUUGGAGACAUUCUAACAUCCUCAAUGGGUCACAAGAUGGUGUCAUCAGUACUUGUUAUUCAGCAACAUGAUGUGGCAUUGACGGAGGAUGCACCAAUGUACAAGGUUAAGGUGCAUGAUGAGAAUGUUGCAGAGGUUUCAUCUGCUAGACAUGAGAUCACUUUUGCAAAUGCAGUGUAAAUUAGUUGUUUUUAAGCAUUUUGUUAUUACAUAGGUCAAUGGGAGAUGUCCCCAAAGUAACAUCAUUAUAACUCACAAAUGAGAGAAACUUCAAGCAAAAAUGAAGAAAAAGUUCCUCUCUAUAAUGAAGUAGUGUUUGAAGUAAAUAUGUAAUUAUCCUUUAAUUUUGGUGGGUUAGUACCACCGGGUGCAUCUUGAAUCAAAUAAAAGUUAUAAAUAUGUUAUUUACUA